ACUGACAUCUAUCAUGGGGAAAGGAAAGAAAUCAGCUCAACAAGCCGAAUCAUCCAAGGAAGAAAAGCAUGCAGAGGCUGAAGGAAGUCGAAGGUUACUCGCUGAUGGCGAACCUGAAUCGCCUCCACCGAGAAACGAUAUGCCCGUCUCCGAUGCACUCCCUGAGGUCACCGAGGAGCUUGACUCAUUCAAUACCGCUAAUGAGAAAGCCCCUUCAGAGGAGAGCGAUGAAAGGACUCCAGGUCUUGGAGAGGAGCCAUCUGUGAAGGUUCCUGAAGCAGAUCCGCAACCGCAAAUCGGAUCCACUGGUGCUGCCAUUCAAGAUGUUCCGGUCACUGCUAAAUCACCAGAAGAAAAGGAUGAAUCUGCUCUACCUCUGGCGAUCAUUGAAGUUGAGAAGGAGCUAAGUGAAGCUGAGUCUGAUUCAGCCAAGAAAGUGGACGAUGAACCCAAGGAUGAUGCUGUUACUGUGGGUUCUGAAUCAGAUGAAGCUUCCCAGAAGGAAAGGAGGAAGAAACGGGUGCUGAAGAGAUUAGGGUUGCGCUCUGGGAAACAGAGAAAGACAGGGGAGUCUAGUACACCAACUCAAUCUCAGUUUCUCACACCAGAAGAUGCAGCCAAGUCUCCAUAUUUGGCUAAGGAAGCAGGAGCCUCGCCUCAGCUGAGAUCGAGAAGGUCUGGUGAUAAAAGUGCUGAACCAAUGCCUCCUCUCAUCAAGAAAAGGUAUGAUCAGUUCCUUAAGCGUAAGGUACUUGCUGAGCGUUCGGUGGAUCUGAAGGAAGCUGAUCAGUGGGGUUACUUGGCCGUUAUCAAGAAAGGAUCUAUGGAAUCAACUGUCUCGAAUCUUGCAGUGUAUGUUGAGCAAGUUGUAGCUGAGUUCUAUGCAGGUCUGCCGAGUACUAAAGCUGAAGCGGAUGUUGAUGAAGUGGUUGUCUCUGUACGGGGACAAGAGUACAAGUUCUCACCUGCGCACCUCAAUAAUGCCAUAGAUUGGGAACCACUUACUGAGGAAGAAGAGGAGGAAGCCGCAACGUUGGAUGAUAUCUCGGUAACUGAGUUAGCUUCUUUCAUCACCGGAGAUACAAAGACAGAAUGGGAUGGUCUCACUACAGCGGACCUUACUCCAUGCUACGGGGCCUUGAUGAUCAUAGCUGCAUACAACUGGAUUCCCUCGACUCACAAGACAUAUGUCUCACUUGAGAGAGCAAGACUGAUCUACAAGAUGGCUCAUGGAGUCCGUGUUGAUUUGGGGAAGAUGAUGUUCAGACAGAUUCUUAAUCUUGGAGUGAUUCAAGUCAAUGAUGCCGCUGGUUGAUCUUCCCUCGCUUGAUCAUGGCACUUCUUCAAAGUCAGCAGGCGGUUCCAUCCUAUCCUAGUGACAAGCUCCAACGUCCGGUUCUCUACAAGAAGGAUAAACGAGUGGGCGAGAUCUAUGAGCAGAGACUGGCAAAAGGAAAGGGACCAGCUAAAGCUGAACCAAAGAGAAGCUCUGCAAGGACAACCCGUCAGGCAUCUCCUGCUCCGAUCCCUGCUCCACGAACUGCUACACCAAGCUCCAGAACUGCACCACGUCGUGUAUCCUUUAUGAACUUGGAUCAGUUGCCAUCCCUCAAGGACCACUCAGCCGUGUUGAUUUGCAAGUGGCACUACAGGACACAACACGAGCCCUUCAAGCGCUAGCUGAGAUAGUUCAGGAUCUUCAGAGUGCUGUAGCAGGGGGAGAAGAAGAAGACUAGGAUGUAGAAGACCAAGAUUGUGGGGGAGCUGUGUUUUGUUGCUUUGUUUU